AUGCUCUUUCAUCGGCUUAUUCCCAUUUUCGCCGCGGCUGCUCAGGCACUGCCGCAGCCAGCUUCGGCCAACUGUCGGGAUAUUCAAAUCCCAAUUACUGUCUCAACGCCUCGUUUCAUUGUGACUGCAUCUCUUCAGGAUGAUUGGGAUGUCACUGCUCUGACUUUCAAUCUAACUCGACGAGACUCGGGAAAAGCAGCCGAUCCUCUUCCCCUCAAUGGACAAACAUCUGCUUCGAUAAAGAGCACUUACACCGUAGGAGCGACUUUGUGCGGCAAUGGAGGCCCCACGUUAGUGCUUACACACGGGAUCAUUGAGUCUAAGCUCUACUGGCGUCCAAAUUUUCCAGGAAGUGAACAGUACAAUUUUGUAGAUGCUGCUAUUGCCCAAGGCUAUUCAGUCCUUAGCUACGACCGCAUUGGUGUUGGAUCGUCUCCAAAGGUCAACUCGUUGACAGACGCACAAUUCCAAGUCGAAGUCGCCGUGCUAGAGGGCCUUGUCAACUAUGCCAAAACCAAGGCCCAUGCCACCAAGGUCGCCCUUAUUGGCCACAGUUAUGGCUCUUACAUCUCCUCUGCAGCUGCCACGCACAUUGAAGUCGACGGCCUUGUCUUGACCGGUUUCAGUGGAACCUUUGAUUACUUUGCUCCUUUCGUAGCUGGAACUAAUCUUCGUAUUGCUCGAAGUCAAAAUCCCGUGCGCUGGGGAAAGCUGGAUUCAGGAUAUCUGACUACCUCGGAUUUAUACGCUGAGGCAUAUAUCUACUACGCAGCUCCGUACUUUGAGCACAGCGUGGCUGAAUACACCUUCAACGUUGCCAGCGAGCCCUUUGCUAUUGGCGAGCUCCCGUCAUUGCUCGCCACGACGAUCGAGUAUGAGGAUAUCAAGGCGCCUGUUUUGGUUCUACAGGGCCAGUUCGAUGUUUCUGCCUGCGGCGGAAACUGUGUUGGUGUGGUGAAUGGCACAAAAGACAUAUUCACAGGCGCCAAGGUGCUCAAAUAUGUGGACAAUUUGCCCGCAGGGUGA